AUGAACAUGAACAAAGUAUUCAUAGUACUUGUUAUAUGCGCUGUAGCAGUGCUGGCACAGAGACCAAACGAGUUUACUGUCACUGUGUCCAUCUUUGAUCAUUUGCCAUCAAAGAAUUCCAACUUUGAAGCUGAUAACUCAAAGGUCGACGGUCUUACUACUGGCCUCGUCAAGUUCAACUUGAACCCACAGUCAAAGAUCCCCGAGAUUGCACCAAAUGCUGACCUGUACCAUGGAAGAAUCGUCGAUAAGGACUCCUUCCCCAGCUGGUUCGCCAACACCCCCAACAUCAACAAGUUCAUCCCAUACCCAAUGACCUUCACCUUGAACGAUGUCAACACUGGUAUCUACGGCAUUGACAACCAGGUCUUCUUCCCAAUCAACAACCAGGGCUGGGACACUGAAGCUGCCAACAGAAUCUACAAGGACAAUGGAGGCAGAGGCUCCUACCAGAACUUCCAUUUCUGCCUCAAGAUGAACUCCUUCUUCACCUUCCAGGGCAAUGAAGUGUUCAACUUCAGAGGAGACGAUGAUGUCUGGGUGUUCAUCAACAACAGACUCGCUGUCGACCUCGGUGGACUGCACUCUCGCACGUACGCCUUUGACUUCUACUACUGUGAGAGACACACUGACACCUCCACCAUCAAGAUCGACACCAACCUCGAGGUCAGAUGUCUGGUCACUGACUACUGUGGUGUGUGCAACGGAGACGGUUCAUCCUGCUGCAGUGCCGCCACCAACGGAGACUGUGAUGACAAGGACUCGUGCACCAUCGAUUCCUGCCCACCAGGUACCCAGGCUGGUCUCACCAUCGACAACUUCAAGAACUACUGUAACCACACCAAGAUCACCUGUGCUUCCCAGACUGCCGCCGAUCUUUGCUUCAACUGGAAAUGCGUUGGAGGUACCUGCCAGAAGGGUCUUGACAAGACUUGCCCAGCUGUCAAGUGCCAGGUCAACAACGGUUGUGAUGCUUCCAAGGGUGGUUGCCAGUACAAGCCAAAGUGUGUCGCCCCAGAUGCAUGCACUAACAACGUCUGUAACGAUGCUGGUGAGUGUGUCUCAUCCCAAGUCGUCUGCCCAGAAUCAGACAAGUUCUGCACUGACUACUCCUGUGACAAGGUCAAGGGUUGCGUCAGCAAGCCAAAGAACUGUGCCCCAGCCAGCCCAGCACCAUGCACUGUCUACUCAUGUGCUGCCGGCUCCGGAUGCCAGACCAAGUUGCUCAACAGCACUGAGUGUGGAUGUUGUGACCCAACCAAGACCCCAUUCUGCAAGGUCGCCACCUGUGACAACCUCUCUGGAAAGUGUGUCUACUCCAACGCCUCCAUUACCGACAAUGACCCGUGCACUGAUGACUUCUGUGAUCCAAACACUGGACUUAUCACCCACACACCAAAGAAGUGCUCUGGCGCUUGCCAGUCCUGCAGCAAGGACGCUGGCGGCUGUGUUGACACCAACGCUCUCUGUGACACUGGUAACAAGUGCAACCUCGGAACCUGUACCGCUGGCGUUUGCUCGUACACUGCCAACACCUGUGGUGACGACAACCCUUGCACCGUCGACUCAUGUGAGCCAGACACUGGAUGCCGUCACAACGAGACCGUCACCUGCCCAGACGCUGGCCUCUGCCAGGUUGGUAUCUGCUCCCCAACCGGUGGAUGUGGUCUCACCAACAGAACCUGCGCCUCGACCGACUUCUGCAUUGACUCGCUCUGUGACGAGCGUCUCGGCUGCAUCACCUUUGCCAAGAAGUGUGUCGCCGACAACCCCGACUGCCAAUACGGUGUCUGCAACAACGGUACUCAGAAGUGUGAGUUCCACGACUAUUCUCCACUGCCAUUCGGCUGUAACAAGGCUGCCGUCAUUUCGACUGGAGUCAUUGCUGCCAUCGUCGUUGCCGGUGCCGUCGCUCUUGCCAUCAUGAUCUUUGGAGGCAAGAAGGGAUACGACUACUGGAAGAACUCCCGUGAGAACAAGAUCGCCUCGCUCAACAGCAACCCACUCUACACUCAGAACCCAGCCUCUGGUAACAACCCACUGUACGGUAACAACUAA